AUGUUUCAUGAUGGCGAUACAUCGCGUGGCGUGCAUUUCGUGCAGCUGUCACAUCGCGAGGCUGUCGCCUUUGCGCAACGAGAGACGAAGCUCUUGUUUGUCUACCUGCACGCGCCGGCGCACCACGAAUCGGAGCUUUUCUGCGCUCAGGUUCUCGCCGAUCCCACAAUGACGGCGUAUGUGAACCAAAAUUUCGUUGCAUGGGGUGGAAACGUGCGUGACGGUGACGCGUUCUCCUUGUCCGCAGGGCUGAAACCGACGGGGUAUCCGUGCGUGGCGAUUUUAGACUCUGUGUCCGGCGGAAGCGGAAGCGCGAGUUUGGUGAUGUCGUGCGAGGGGUUCAUUGAUGUUGAUGUUUUGAUUAGUGCGUGUGAAGAGGCGCUCGCUGGUCAGAACGCUAGCUUAGAUGACGCGCGCGCACGACACGCCGAAGUCGACGCCAGUCGGCGAUUAAGAGAGGAGCAAGACGCGGCGUUUGCCGAGUCUCUCGCUCGAGACGCGGCGCGCGCGAGAGAGUUGGACGCACAGCGUGAGGCGGAAGAGGCUGAACGUAGACGUGUGGAAGAGGAGCGGCGCGCGGUAGAAGAAGAGACAAAGAAAGCCGAAGAAGCCGAGCGUCAACGCGUCGAGGAGAUUGAAGCGCGGCGAGCCUCCAAGGCAUCGAAACUUCGUGAUGAACCAGCCGACGGCGCCGACGGCGUGUCAAAGCUCGCCGUCCGACUCCCAGACGGUUCUCGCGCCGAGCGUCGAUUUCAUAGCACGGAUACGAUUGCCGACGUCUACGAUUUUGUCGAUACGUUGGAAGAGCUCGACGAGGUCUCGUAUUCGUUGGUGACCAACUUUCCUCGACGAACGUUCGCGCGAAGCGAGCGCGUGUCUCUCGUCGACGCAGGAGUCCACCCGAAUGGCGCGAUGUUCGUACAAACUGAGUCUUCGUGA